AGGAGCAGUAGCAGCAGCAGCAGGAGAAGAUGCUGAGGAUGCGGACGGCGGGAUGGGCGCGCGGCUGGUGCUUGGGCUGCUGCCUCCUCCUGCCGCUCUGGCUCAGCCUGGCUGCCGCUAAGCAGCUACUCCGGUACCGGCUGGCCGAGGAGGGCCCCGCCGACGUCCGGAUCGGCAACGUCGCCUCGGACCUGGGCAUCGUGACCGGCUCCGGUGAGGUGACUUUCAGCCUAGAGUCAGGCUCCGAGUACCUGAAAAUUGACAACCUCACCGGCGAGCUGAGCACCAGCGAGCGGCGCAUCGACCGCGAGAAGCUACCCCAGUGUCAGAUGAUCUUCGACGAGAACGAGUGCUUCCUGGACUUCGAGGUGUCGGUGAUCGGGCCCUCGCAGAGCUGGGUGGACCUGUUUGAGGGUCGGGUCAUCGUGCUGGACAUCAACGACAACACGCCCACCUUCCCGUCGCCCGUGCUCACGCUCACGGUGGAGGAGAACCGGCCGGUGGGGACGCUGUACCUGCUGCCCACCGCCACCGACCGUGACUUCGGCCGCAACGGCAUCGAGCGCUACGAGCUGCUCCAGGAGCCCGGGGGCGGCGGCGGAGAGGGCCGGCGCUCCGUGCUGGCCGACAGCGCCCCCUACCCUGGGGGCGGCGGGAACGGCGCGAGCGGCGGCGGCCAGGGAGGCUCCAAGCGGCGGCCGGACGCGCAGGAGGGCGGCGGCGGCACCAGCCCCGGCGGUCGCAGCAGCGUGUUCGAGCUGCAGGUGGCGGACACCCCGGACGGCGAGAAGCAGCCGCAGCUGAUCGUGAAGGGGGCGCUGGACCGGGAGCAGCGUGACUCCUACGAGCUGACCCUGCGGGUGCGCGACGGCGGCGACCCCCCUCGGUCCUCGCAGGCCAUCUUGCGGGUGCUCAUCACCGACGUGAACGACAACAGCCCCCGCUUCGAGAAAAGCGUCUACGAGGCUGACCUGGCCGAGAACAGCGCCCCGGGGACCCCCAUCCUGCAGCUGCGCGCCGCCGACUUGGACGUGGGGGUCAAUGGGCAGAUUGAGUACGUGUUCGGGGCGGCCACUGAGUCCGUGAGGCGGCUCCUGCGCCUCGACGAAACGUCCGGCUGGCUCAGUGUCUUGCACCGCAUAGACCGCGAGGAAGUGAACCAGCUGCGCUUCACAGUCAUGGCGCGCGACCGCGGGCAGCCCCCCAAGACCGACAAGGCCACUGUGGUCCUCAACAUCAAGGACGAGAACGACAACGUGCCGUCCAUUGAAAUCCGCAAGAUCGGGCGCAUCCCACUGAAGGACGGGGUGGCCAACGUGGCCGAGGACGUGCUGGUCGACACCCCCAUCGCCCUGGUGCAGGUGUCCGACCGAGACCAAGGGGAGAACGGCGUAGUCACCUGCACCGUAGUGGGCGAUGUCCCCUUCCAACUCAAGCCGGCCAGCGACACAGAGGGCGACCAGAACAAGAAAAAGUACUUCCUGCACACAUCGGCUCCUCUGGACUAUGAGAGCGCGCGGGAGUUCAACGUGGUCAUCGUGGCGGUAGACUCCGGCAGCCCCAGCCUUUCCAGCAACAACUCCUUAGUCGUCAAAGUGGGGGACACUAACGACAACCCUCCCGUCUUUGGCCAGUCAGUGGUGGAGGUUUACUUCCCGGAGAACAACAUCCCUGGCCAGAGGGUCGCUACCGUGCUGGCGACAGACGCUGACAGCGGGAAAAACGCAGAGAUCGCUUACUCGCUGGACUCUGCCUUGAUGGGGAUCUUUGCUAUUGACCCUGAUUCCGGGGACAUCCUUGUAAAUACGGUGCUGGACCGCGAGCAGACCGACAGGUACGAGUUUAAAGUUAAUGCCAAAGACAAAGGCAUCCCUGUGCUCCAGGGCAGCACCACAGUAAUUGUGCAGGUGGCCGACAAGAAUGACAAUGACCCUAAGUUUAUGCAGGACAUUUUUACCUUUUAUGUGAAAGAGAACUUGCAGCCCAACAGCCCCGUGGGAAUGGUCACCGUGAUGGAUUCUGACAAAGGGCGGAAUGCAGAGAUGAGCCUCUAUAUAGAGGAGAACAGCAACAUUUUUUCUAUUGAAAAUGACACGGGGACCAUUUACUCCACGAUGUCUUUUGACCGGGAACAUCAGACCACAUACACGUUCAGAGUCAAGGCUGUGGAUGGUGGUGAUCCUCCCAGAUCUGCCACAGCCACAGUCUCUCUCUUUGUGAUGGAUGAAAAUGACAACGCUCCCACAGUUACCCUUCCCAGAAACGUCUCUUACACCUUGCUGCCACCUUCGAGUAAUGUCAGGACAGUUGUAGCUACAGUCUUGGCGACAGACAGCGAUGAUGGCAUCAAUGCAGACCUGAACUACAGCAUUGUGGGAGGGAAUCCCUUCAAGCUGUUUGACAUUGAUCCCACCAGUGGUGUGGUUUCUUUAGUGGGAAAACUCACCCAUAAGCAUUACGGCUUGCACAGGUUGGUGGUACAAGUGAAUGACAGUGGGCAACCUUCCCAGUCCACCACUGCUCUGGUGCAUGUGUUUGUCAAUGAAAGUGUUUCGAAUGCAACUGUGAUUGACUCCCAGAUAGCCAGAAGUUUACAUACCCCACUAACCCAGGAUAUUGCUGGUGACCCGAGCUAUGAAAUUAGCAAACAGAGACUCAGUAUUGUCAUCGGAGUGGUUGCUGGCAUCAUGACAGUGAUUCUGAUCAUUUUAAUUGUUGUGAUGGCAAGGUACUGCAGGUCCAAAAACAAAAAUGGCUAUGAAGCUGGCAAAAAAGAUCACGAAGACUUUUUUACACCCCAACAGCAUGACAAAUCUAAAAAGCCUAAAAAGGACAAGAAAAACAAAAAAUCUAAGCAGCCACUCUACAGCAGCAUUGUCACUGUAGAAGCUUCUAAACCAAAUGGACAGAGGUAUGACAGUGUCAACGAGAAGCUGUCAGACAGCCCAAGCAUGGGGCGAUACCGAUCUGUUAAUGGUGGGCCUGGCAGUCCUGACCUGGCAAGGCAUUACAAAUCCAGUUCCCCACUGCCUACUGUCCAGCUUCACCCCCAGUCACCAACUGCAGGAAAAAAACACCAGGCUGUACAAGAUCUACCACCAGCCAACACAUUUGUGGGAACAGGAGACAACAUUUCAAUUGGAUCAGAUCACUGCUCUGAGUACAGCUGUCAAACCAAUAACAAGUACAGCAAACAGCCAUUUCGUAGAGUGACGUUUUCUGUUGUGAGUCAGCCUCAGGACCCACAUCAGGGGUCACUGCAGAGUUGCUAUGACAGCGGGCUGGAGGAGUCAGAAACACCAAGCAGUAAGAGUUCAUCAGGGCCAAGACUGGGUGCCCUUCCACUCCCAGAGGACAACUAUGAAAGGACCACGCCGGAUGGCAGUGUUGGUGAGGCAGAGCAUAUGGAAAAUGAUUCAAGGCCUCUUCCAGAUGUAGCCCUGACUGGGAAGUGCACUCGUGAGUGUGAUGAGUACGGCCACUCAGACUCCUGUUGGAUGCCAGUCCGCACUUCUCCUGAGAGGAAGAAGAGCCAGCCCAAACUCUCCACUUUCAUGCCUGUUGAUGAACGAGGAAGCCAAGAAAAGCUGGCCAAUGGCGAGGCAGCCAUCAUGGGUGACCGCAACAGAAACCUCCUGAACAAAAAGUUGACCUCAUCCUAUGAGACCUUCAGUGCAGCUAGUUUCAGCAAAAAUGAGGAAGCCAACCCUGAGGAUAUUCCCCUGACAAAAACGGGGGAAUAUAAGCCAUCUCCUGUCAAUACUCUCACUAGAAGAGAAGUUUACCUGUAGGCUAUCAAGGAGCAACAGCAAAGUUCUUUUCAUGUAUGAGAAGGAGAAUAAGGGGCAAAAAUCUUACACAGCAAAACCAUUUAAUCACAAAGAGGGGGCUACCAAAGAGACCAAGCUUUGCCUGCCACUUCUGCCUCCAGAUCAGGCCUUUAGUGAUACUGUCAGCCUGAUUCCGAUGUACAAUGUAGAAUCCAUCCUUGUGAUUGCAUGUAUGACCCUCCGCACCGAUCCCCAACACCCACUCUCCCCCCCCCCCUUCAAGGAAAAAAAAAGAUGGUUGCAAGUUUCUUUCAUGGUAACAAGCCUGAUUAGCAGAACACAACACACUCUCAUUAUCCCCAAGCUGAAGCAUGAUUUUAGUCACUUUGAUUUUGUUCAAGUGUCAUCUGGCUGAUUUUAAAAAGCAGGACAGAAAAAUUAUAUUUCAGACAUACCAUCAAAAUAUGGUUUAUCACUAUCAAGGGCAAUCCUUUGACAUGAUAACUUCGCUCUGAAGUUACAUAAAAGCGGACAAUUCAAAAGCAUUUUGGAAAGAUCACAGCUUUAAAAUUCUAAUAAAGACUAGAGCAAAAUAAUACUCUGUGGGGGAUUGAAGUCCCAAGCUGGCAUAUGUUGUUAUUUUCAGGUCAUGAUCAACAACUUUAAUUCUAUACAUUCAUCGAAUAUUCUCACACAAUCUUGGUAACAUAUUUCAAUUAUGCUUAUUAUUACUUGUACAAUUUUUUUUUCAGAACAGGACCACUAUGAUCAACUAACUUGAACAAUUGUGUCAUUAUGAGGCCAAAGAUCAUAUGGCAGAUCAGGGAAAUCAUGAAGUUGAUUUGGUCUUGACAUGAAAAUCCAUUAAACUACAAAAAAAAAAAAUCAACCCAUGCCCACACAGAAACACUCAAACAUUAGUUUAUUUUAUAUUGUCUCUAUGGCCAGAAAACAUUCUUCUUUUAAAAUUGAUUUUAUUUGAAAGCUCAGAAAAAAAAAAAAAAAACUAAGGAGACAUAUUUUUGGUAUUAUAAUAGGCAACUGGGUGAGGUUCAAGCUUAGAUUCACAGAAUACUGUCAGGGAAGAUUGCACUUUUUAAAAUAUCGUAUUUAUGGAUAGUCAGGUAGGGGAAGAUACAUUGUUGUAUGGUCUUAUUAGUUAGGUCCACUGUGAUCAUUUUAUAAUCCCAGGUAUGCUGGAUGGUCUUUAAAAUUAUACACUUCAGAUUAUACUUUUUAACUGUUCAGUUCGCACUUCCACACAACACAGCUGCAUUACUUUUGAAUCCAGUGCAACAUAGUAGAACUACUUUGAGACUCAUAAGAUCAAAACAAGGCAAUAUCCCAAUUGACUUUGUCAUUAAUGGGAUUUGAACAUUAUUUCAGGUAUGUCUUAAACAAAUCCAGACUGAAAAGGAAUUAAAAAGAGUUCUGGCAGUGAUUUUUCUCAUAGUAAGGAGAUCUCAAAGUUGGAAAACACUGAGUUUUUUCAGUGCACUAAGAAGAAACAGGAUACACAGAUUUUUGAGCCACUUGAUGUAUAUAAGAUGACUCAGUAAAUUAUAAAUUGAGCUGGACAUUCAGAUAAAAGUGACAAUCCAUAGAUAGAAUAGGGGAAACCAGUAAAGAGAGCGAAUGUUCUCAUUACAGAUUGUUUGUAACUUGGUUAAAGAGUAACCUUGACUGCUCUCUAGUGAACCAUAGACACAUGUAGCUUUGGGUAGUUUCACUCUUUGCAGAAUUUCUUAGACUACAAGGUGAAGCAUACUGGAAUAUAGGUUGAUAAUUCACUAUAGGUCAUCAAAAUACUUGUCUUUGAAAACUACUUUUCUGUUCAGUGGGGUACUAUUUUGGGAUCAUUUCCUUAUGCUCUUUCUUAAAUGGAGUUUUCAUUUUGAUGGUAGUUUAUGUAUAAUAGAUAGGAUAAAAAGAUAUGUAAUUGAAACAAAAACAUUGGACUAAAUAUCAAUAAUUGAACAUGCUUAUGUUUGAUUAUUAUUUACACUAUGGAAAGAUGCAAUUCUAGUACAUUGUUAGGAAACUGCAUUAAAGCAGUUUUGCCUUGUAUAAUCUGUAAGUACCUAUUAAGACAAAUACUUCUAAAGAUACUUAUGAAAUGUAUACAUAUUUUUUCUUGCACGUUACAAAGGAAAUAAUUGCAUAACACAGAUGUUCAACAAAGUUUUUUUAGUGUGUUUUUUUUUUUUCAUUCAUGAGACACUUGAAACAACUAGAUAGCUCAUUUCAUCCUAUCUUAAAAUCCUUCUGUUGUCUGUAAAGCUAAUACGGGUCAUACUGGACCUUUGGAUUAAUUGGAUCCUCAAUUCCCCAGUGAUGUUUGCACCAUAUUCAAUAUAGCCAUGCCAUUGUCAUUUAACUCGUGAACCUUUCUUUAUAACUAAAAUGGGUGUGAAAGAAAAUUCAGUGUACUGUAAGUAUUCACAGUAAUUCUAGUAGAAUUAGCUAUCAUAACAUGUUUAUUAUAUAAUGAGCUGGCAUGACACAGAAGUAUAUUUUGUGUUUGUAUGACUUUUAUUUUGAAUAGUUUAAAUCUGGUGCCACUCCACAUAUAGAGUGCUUUUGAAAAAAAAUCAAUAAAAAGAAACAAAAAUAUAAAUAAAUGAGUGAAUGCAAAAUAAGCAACUGUGCCUUUUAUACCUGUUGUUAUGGUAAAAAAAUGGUUGUUUGGUUUGGACAAUGAGGGGAAAUGGGCUAUUCCCAACUUUUUUGAUCCUGUAUAUUUAUCCAUGAUUAUUUUAUGAAAAUAAUAAAUAAUAUAUUAAAAAUUUGCCUUCUGACAAACUCAGAUAGUGGACCAGUCUUAAAUACUAUUCAUUCAUAAAACAAAAUCAAGGUAUUAAUAUGGGCUGCUUAACUCUCACUGGAAGGUGAAAGCAUUUAUUAUAAAAUUAACACAAAUAUAUUAUCGGGGUGAAGUCAGUCCAUUUUGGAAGAUAAAAUAUUGAUUUUGAAUUUUUUGAUUUUUUUCUUUUAGCUUCUCUUUCACUUUAAUUGUACAGUAUACAAAUUAUCGUUAUUUUCUUUACUCAAGAAUUUUAAGUGGACUUUUGCAUGCAUUAUACAGUAGGACGCAUUUAUAAAUUAACUAUAUAAAUUUAUGUGUAUUAAAAUGUCUCUAGCAUCAAUCUAAAAUCUAUUGAUCUUUUAAAAUCUCCAAAUAUCAUUUCUGUAUGUUUUUUGACUGGCCUGCUGCCUGAGUUUCAGAAAACAAAAGAGGCAUUAUUUUUACGGGAGGAGGAACUAAGAUGGUACUGAGGAUGUCUGCCUGAAAGGCCACCCUGGGAAGCUGUGUUAUAGAAAAACAAGACAAAACAUUCAGACAAGAAGGAAUUGCCAAGAAUCAAACAGCCAUCCUAAACAGUUUUGAGAAAUCGGAACACCCAAGCCAUUUUAGGUAUAUCAGCAACAAAUGUGUCCUUAAAGGAAAAAA